UACGCGUUUCGUGCUUGGUAUUUUGCAUCCUUUCGGUUGCGAUUUCGGAAAACACCAAGAAGAAAUUCAUUAAUAUUCACGACACACCACAUGGUUACACGUUUUGGCUUCUUCAAAACGCCUCGGAGACCUAUGUCGAAUUCCCAGGAUAUGAUGGCUGGUAUAAUAAUUUAACACGUCCAGACUCUGGGGCAAUAGAUAAACCGCUGUUGAGAAGGUGGCCUGCAGCAUACGAAGAUGGUACCUACAAACCGGCAGGAAGUGAUAGACCAAAUCCAUUCGAACUCAGCGAUAAAUUGCUGAGCGGACCGGUCGGAUCGCAAUAAAAAACCGACAAAAACGCAUUGCUUGUAUUCUUUGGUCAGCAAGUGGUGGAGGAAAUUUUGGAUGCGCAACGAGCCGCAUGUCCUCCGGAAUAUUUUAAUAUAAAGAUUCCAGAGUAUCAUAGGUAUCCAAAAUUAAGUACGCACACGGAGAUGCCUCUACUGAGGACAAGAUUUGAUCAAAGAACUGGUCUUAAUCCAAAUAAUCCUCGUCAGCAAUUAAACGAAAUUACACCUUACAUAGACGGCGGCUUGAUGUAUGGCGUUAGCAAGCAAUGGGCGGAUCAACUGAGGAUCAACUUGAUCCAGAUGGAUUACUGGCAUCCUCUCAUGAUGGUCUCUUCCCUGAGUAUAAUACUCAAAGAUUGCCUUUAGCCAAUCCUCCGCCUCCGUUUCAUCACAAAGAUUUCAUUAAAAAUCACGUAAUCUUCAACGUAAGCAGAUUUUUCAAGUUAGGUAAUCCCAGAGGAAACGAGAAUACGUUUCUGUUAACGUUCGGCAUUCUUUGGUUCCGUUGGCAUAACGUUUUGGCCAAAACUAUAAGAAAUCAGCAUGCUGAUUGGCCCAGUGAGAAGGUGUUUAAUGAGGCUAGAAAAUGGGUUAUAGCUACCCAGCAGCAUAUCAUUAUGGACGAAUGGUUACCAUACACGCAACAUUGAUAUUAAAAACAAAAAUUCACUUCUAGAUUAAGGAAGAAUUACUUAAAUUAUAUGAAAAUAAUUUUGAUAACAUUGACACUUGGGUUGGAGGGAUACUCGAAACGCGCGACGGACCAGGCGAACUAUUUGAAGCAAUCAUCAUCGACCAAUUUCGAAGAAUUCGAUUUUGGUACUAAAAUACAGCGAAUGGACUAUUUACUAAAGAAGAAAUAAUAAGGAUCAAAACUGUCACUCUUUACGACAUAAUUAUGGCCGUAACUAUGUUGGAUUUUAAUGACAUUCAGAAGGAUGUAUUUCGAGUACCAAAAAGCAAGAAACAGUUCGCUGCCUGUAAUUUAAAAGAAAGCGCCUGCAGUGAAUAUAACACUUCUUUCCCGUGUUUUCACUUGCCAAUAUUAACUGCAGAAGUACUGAAUGAAGCUUGCGUACAAGGAUCCACGUUCGACUACUUCUAUGGCAGCGAAUUAUCUUUUAUUCUAACAUUUGCAAUACUCGGUGGAUUUAUUGUUGGAAUAAUUGGAGUCAUAUAUAGUCUAGUUUAUAUUAAACAACAAAAAACGGAAUCAAAUUUAAAUAAGGAAAUCGUCGAUCAUGGUAUCUUGGCGAAAGAAAUGAUCAAUAAGAAAGGCGUCACAAGAGAUGUUAUAGUACAAAUUAUUGAUAGCACUCUUAUAGUCUUUUCCAAAAUGCAAAUCAAGCUACAUAAGAUACAGUGUAUCGACGUUGUAUGCAUUGCGACUACUGAUAAACCAUACAUAGUGAUCAAACCAAGAAAUGAAUACGACUUGGUUCUAACAUUUGAUAGAGCAAGUAUACAGCAUAGAAUCUAUAAUAAGAUUGUAGAUUCUUUAAUGGAAUCUGGAUGUAAUGUACAUCAGGAAGUAAAUAAAACGUUUAAAGAAUUAUUACCAAAUAUAAUAUCAAAGAAACAGCGACAGAAAUAGUUGGAAAUUUUCGCUCGUGUAGUCUUCGCCAAAGCAUUUAAUUUACCUAUAAAUCAAAAGCAAAAGCAUAUAUCUGAUGCUAAAAUGGAGAAUAUUUUAAAAAUGGAAUUGACAUCAGAAGAGUUUGGAAAUUUGCUGAAUAUGCGACCGGACUCGAUAUUCGUAAAAUUGAUGUUUAAACUGAUCGUUAAAGAUUCAAAUAAUUAUGUUUCAUUCGGUGAAUAAUCUUCGCUAAAGGCACCGACUCGGAUAAAGCAAAGCUGCUCUUCGACAUGUAUACCAUCAAUAAUGAAAAUACAUUACCAAUGGAAUCGUUUAAGAAUAUGAUUUUAUCUUUUAUGGAAAACGUAAAUGGUCAUAUUAAUAACGAUUUGAAAAAAAACUAUGGACAGUUUAAUAAAUCGAGCCAAUCUGCAGGAUCAAUCCUCAUUAAGUUUUGAAGAUUUUGAAGAAAGUUAUGGGUCAAUAUAGAACGCAUUUCGAACAUGUUAAUUUGCGGCUCAAAUAUAAUACGAACAGUUUUCAAAACUUUGAAAGUUCUAGGAGAAAUAUAAUAAAAGAUAUAUACGGAACAUUAAGCGAACCUAACGAGGAAAAAGCCAACAAUGAAAAUCAAGAGCUACAACAAAAUCAACAUAACACCUUUGCGUUUGUAAAUCAAAUCGAGAAAAAUGCAAAUAUCAUAUUUUGGAAAACCUUGUAUACAUUAGUACUAUUGGCCAUCUUCGCAGAAAGAUCCUACUGUAAGAUACAAAACUAUACACUAAGCAUUUAUGAAAACUGUUAUUAACUAUUGAAGAAUAUUCCGUGGAAAGAGAACAUUCCGGUCUUAUGCGUAUCGCAGGUUAUGGUGUAACUGUUACUAGAAGAGCUGCUUCGGCAAUGAUGUUUACAUUUUCCUCAUUGCUAAUAACAAUGUGUCGAAAUCUUAUUACAAUACUGAGAAACACCAUAUUACAGCAAUAUAUACCUUUCGAUUCCUUCGUGGACUUUCAUAAGUAUAUUGCGUCAUGGGCUCUCCUAUUUACAGUAAUGCACAUCAUUGGACAUGCCUUCAAUUUCUAUCAUAUAUCCACUCAAGCAUCCGACGAUCUUACCUGUUUGUUUCGAAAUUAUUUCCACGCGACACAUGAAAUACCUAAAUUCCAUUACUGGUGCUGGCAAACAAUGACUGGUAUAACUGGAAUUAUAUUAACGCUGAUUACAGCAAUUAUAUAUACAUUUGCACAUAAGAUAGCCAGAGAAAAACUGUAUAAAAUCUUCUGGUUUUCACACUCUUUCUAUCCACUGUUUUACAUUUUCUUGCUUCUUCAUGGGAGUGGUAUGUUGAUUCAGGAACCUUUUACGUACUACUUCUUGUUGGGACCCAUAAUUAUUUUUAUUCAGAAACCUCUCAAUUUUACAUAUAAAUCAGGACAAUGGGUGCGGAUUGCCUGCUUGGAUUUGAGUCAGCACGAAUAUAAUCCAUUCACGUUAUCAUCAAGUCCUGAUGAAAGUUUCUUAUCUUUGCAUAUUCGUGCGGUGGGACCUUGGACACGUCAGAUCCGCAAGUUGUAUGAAAACGCAUUGGUGAAGAAGCAGCAAAAUCAAUCGAAUUUACCAACAUUAUUUAUCGACGGUCCUUUUGGCGAAAGCCACCAGGACUGGUCCAAAUAUGAAGUAUCAAUUUUGAUAGGAGGAGGUAUUGGUGUCACACCAUUCGCUAGUAUACUAAAAGAUAUUAUUCACAAAACAACUACUAAUCAAGAGAUUACUUCUAAAAAGGUAUACUUCAUGUGGAUAUCUAGAUCUCAAAAACAAUUUGAAUGGCUCAUAGAUCUAUUAAGAAACAUUGAAGAGCGCGAUGUAAAUAAAAUAAUUUCUACACACAUUUAUGUGACACAGUUUUACGACUUUAGAAUGUUUAUGCUGUACAUAUUCGAACACCAUUUUAAACAGAUCACAAAAAAAUCGUUGUUCACCAACCUAACAGCCGAUACGCACUUCGGACGACCGAAAUUCAAGGAUUUCUUUCAACGUGUCAUCACAAACAAUACCUAUGACAUCUAUAAGAUCGGAAUUUUCAGCUGUGGUAAUCUGAAAAUGAUCAACGAAGUGGAAAAGGCUUGUGUUAAAAUGAGCAGAGGCCAAAUAAUUCUCGAGCAUCAUUACCAAACUUUUUAAAACCGCUUUAUUAUAUUAUUGAUUGUUAUAUUCACACAAACAGCAAUUUAGCUAAGUAUUAAAAAUAAAAUAAACGCAAAUAGUG